CAGAUAAAAUUUGACGAAGUUAUAGGCAAAAAAUCACGGAGGGCGCUUUUUUGAAAAUCUUCGAUACACCUAAUUUUAUAAAUUCUAUAACUCGGCGAAAUCAAGUCUAAGCGACCUUAAAAGUUUUUCAUAACCCCAGUUUUGAUCAUUGAAUCCAAAAAUAGAAAAAAAUAUAUAGAUCAAAAAAUUUUACUUAACCGACUUUUGGCACUAUAGUUGGUGUGGUGGCAAAAUGUCUCUUAAGUGAUUGGUGAAUUAUUCAAAACCAGCUGAAAAACAAUACCGUUGAAAAUGAAACACGUUUGGCUCUGAAUUUAUAAGUGGACACUUUGGAUUACUUAUAUGACUAUAAUUUGCCGAUAAAAUAUAAAUACUUAUACUUGAAGUUUUAACAGUCAACUAUUGGCUUUCCAGAGAUCUUGAUCAAUUCUAUCUUUUAGAUGGAUCUUGGAAUGUGUCUUAUGUUUUUUGGAAAGGACGUACCACGGCCUUGCCUGUCGAACAGCACUCCACAGCUUUCUGUGAUUUCUUUUUGACAUGUUAUUGAGAAACUAGCGGUAUUUUAACUUUGAUAAUGGUAAGCUGGUCGAACCAAUUCUUCAGAACGACGCGACAUUGCAUAUUAGUCGAUAGCUGAUUGAGGUUGAUAUUUUUUCUUUAACAGUGCAGUUAUCUUCCUGUUAGAAACUGGGUGCGUAUGCCGUAAAGAUUUCUCAGUAUUGAGUGCUGAGAAACUCUGAAUGAUCUUAGAAUGUAACUAAGACUUAGCGCUACGACAGAAUACAGUCAGACUUUUUAAGGUCGGUUUUGUUAAGUUUCGCCAAAACGUUUAUAAAAAAGUUGACGAAAAUUUUUCCAAAUUAUUCGGAAAAGUUUCUUUCUAAACUAGAUGGCAACUUGGGAUGAAAAAUCGAAGACAGUUACUCUAUGGAAUAGUUGAAAAUAUUCUGAUUCUGUUACAGGUAAAAUUAUAUUCAGUUGUGGUGAAUAUGCGCCAAAUCUCUUUGAAUUAUUGGGUGAAGUCACUGGUCAGAUAAAUAUUGCUCUUCAAACAUUUCAUCAUUCAUUUUAUGAUAAUUAUAUUCCUCCAUGGUCAUUAUCAUUGUUCAUAAACCUAACGGAAGAAGAAUUAUCAGUGGUUGAUUGUGUUGAACAUCGAGCUAUCGUUAAAAAAAUUCUAAAACAAUUUCAAACUGAUACAUUAGACAAAUGUCAUUUGUUUCAAUAUGGAAAAAUUCAUGGUGAUAUUAAUGAACAAAAUAUUAUUGUAAAUAAUUCAGCUGAUACUAUAUCAGCCAUCAUUGACUAUGAAGAUUGCCAUUGUAGUUAUUACGUAUUUGAAUUAGCAAUCACCAUACUUUAUGCAAUAUUAUUGAACGAACAUAAACCUGACUAUUUCUGUUAUGGUGAACAAGUUUUUAAAGGUUAUACAAAGUAUAUACAAUUGAAUAACGACGAAAUAUAUGCAUUACCAAUAUGUAUCAAAUUACAUUAUAGUCAUUAG